AUUUUCUCCAUUAUUUUUCCUUUUAUCAAAUCUUCUCCUUCCUCACUUAGGGUUCCAACUUCCAUUACCCUAUACAAUCCACUGAACCCCUCCCAUUUCAACACUUGGGACAUACACAGAAUUUCGAAAAAUCUCCCUAUAACUCAACAAAACUCUCCAAAUUCGAAGCACUUCCGAUAUGCCGCGCAACCGGGACUACGACGACGAUGAUGAACCAGAGGAGGAAGAAGAGGACGUGUAUGAAGAGGAGGAUGUAGACGAGGAGGAGGAAGAUGACGAUAGAGGGAAGUCUGGACGAAAACGGCGUAGAUCAGAUUUUAUAGAUGAUGCGGCGGAGGAAGAUGAUGAUGAGGACGAAGACGACGAUGAUGAAGAUUAUGGCGGUGGAGGUGGAGGCGGAGGCGGAGGUGGGAGAAGACGCCCUAAACGGAGGACUGGUUCGGAAUUCUUUGACCUAGAAGCUGCUGUUGAUAGUGAUGAGGAUGAGGAGGAAGAAGAAGGAGAAGAUGAUUUCAUAGUAGAUAGUGGAGCAGAUAUACCUGACGACGAUGGUGCCAGACGUGAAUAUCGUCACCGACUGUUGCCGCAUGAGGACCAAGAAGAAGACCUUGAGGAGCUUACGAGAAGCAUUAAGCAAAGAUAUGCGAGGUCACCUCAUGUAGAGUAUGAUGAGGAAGCAACAGAUGUUGAGCAGCAAGCUCUCUUGCCAUCUGUCAGGGAUCCAAAGCUCUGGAUGGUGAAAUGUGCGAUUGGACGUGAGAGAGAGGUUGUGGUUUGCCUAAUGCAAAAGGCAAUUGAUAGAGGACCUGAAUUGCAAAUUCGAUCAGUUGUAGCCCUUGAUCAUCUUAAGAACUAUAUAUACAUAGAAGCGGACAAAGAAGCCCACGUGAGGGAGGCAUGCAAGGGUAUGCGCAAUAUAUAUGCCUCCGCUAAAAUAAUGCUGGUCCCCAUAAAAGAGAUGACUGAUGUCCUUUCAGUUGAAAGCAAAGCGGUUGAUCUUGCCAGGGAUACUUGGGUCAGAAUGAAGAUGGGAACUUACAAGGGAGACCUUGCAAAGGUUAUGGAUGUAGAUAAUGUGAGACAGAAAGUCGUGGUGAAAUUAAUUCCAAGGAUUGAUUUACAGGCUCUUGCAAACAAGUUGGAAGGAAGGGAAGCUCCAAAGAAAAAGGCAUUUAUUCCUCCGCCACGCUUUAUGAAUAUUGAUGAAGCAAGAGAGAUGAACCUACGUGUGGAACGUAGGCGAGACCCGAUGUCAGGUGACUAUUUUGAGAAUAUUGGAGGUAUGAUGUUCAAAGAUGGUUUCUUGUAUAAGACAGUGUCAAUGAAAUCAAUCAGCACCCUGAACAUACAGCCAACUUUUGAUGAACUUGAGAAAUUCCGCCAAACUGGUGAGGGUGGGGAUGGCGAUAUGGCUAGUCUAUCUACUUUGUUUGCAAAUAGGAAAAAGGGUCAUUUUAUGAAGGGUGACCGCGUUAUUGUCGUGAAGGGGGAUCUCAGGAAUUUGAAAGGCCAUGUUGAGAAAGUCGAAGAAGAUACUGUUCAUAUCAGACCAAAUCAGAAAGACCUUCCUUUGCAGACUUUGGCUUUUAGUGACAAGGAGCUAUGCAAGUACUUUGAUCUUGGAAACCACGUGAAAGUAGUAUCUGGUUCAUCUGAAGGGGCAACCGGUAUGGUUGUCUCUGUUCAGGGACAUGUGGUUAACCUGGUAUCAGAUACAACUAAGGAGCUUCUCCGUGUAUUUGCCGAUAAUGUUGUUGAGAGUUCAGAAGUAACAUCUGGUCUAACUCGUAUUGGGGAAUAUGAGCUCCAUGAUCUUGUAAUACUAGACAAUAAGAGCUUCGGUGUGAUUAUUCGUGUAGACAGCGAAGCCUUCCAGGUUCUUAAGGGUGUGCCUGAUAGACCUGAAGUAGCACUUGUUAGACUUAGAGAGAUUAAAGCGAAAGUUGAAAAGAAAGGGAAUGCCCACGAUCGGUAUAAGAACCACUUAGCGGUGAAAGACGUGGUAAAAGUUCUUGAGGGUCCUUGUAAAGGAAAACAAGGUCCUGUAGAACACAUCUUCAGAGGAGUUGUUUUUAUCUAUGAUCGUCAUCACCUUGAGCAUGCUGGUUUUAUUUGUGCCAAAACCCAAUCUUGUGUGUUGGUUGGUGGCUCACGGGCAAAUGGUGAUAGAAAUGGUAACUCGUUGUCAUCAAGAUUUGCGCAUAUGAGAGCUCCACCACGUGCCCCUCAAUCUCCAAUGAGAUCAUCUAGAGGUGGCCCACCUAUGAGUUAUGGAGGCAGACAUAGAGGUGGAAGAGGGCACGAUGCUUUAGUUGGCGCUGAUGUGAAAAUUCGCCUUGGACCAUUCAAAGGUUGUAAAGGGCGUGUUGUUGAUAUCAAAGGAACUUCAGUCCGAGUUGAACUUGAAGCCCAGAUGAAAGUUGUUACAGUUGAUCGCAACCAUAUCUCCGAUAAUGUUAACGUAUCAACGCCAUUCAGGGAACCAUCUAGAUAUGGUUUGGGAAGUGAAACGCCAUCACAUCCUUCAAGGACUCCACUGCACCCAUUUAUGACACCAAUGAGAGAUCCUGGAGCAACACCUAUACAUGAUGGCAUGAGGACGCCAAUGCGUGACAGAGCAUGGAAUCCAAUGAGUCCAACUAGGGAUAAUAAUUGGGAAGAUGGAAACCCUGCUUCCUGGGGGUCAAGUCCGCAAUAUCAGCCAUCUAGUCCUCGUUCAAGGGCGUAUGAAGCACCUACUCCUGGUUCUGGUUGGACUAAUACUCCUAGCGGUAAUUACAGUGAUGCUGGGACCCCAAGAGACAAUGGUUCUGCAUAUGCUAAUGCUCCAAGUCCUUACUUGCCAUCAACUCCUGGUGGACAACCACCAAUGACGCCGAGUUCAGCAUAUAUACCUGGUACUCCUGGCGGGCAGCCAAUGACUCCUGGAAGUGGUGGGCUGGAUAUGAUGUCACCUAUAGGAGGUGGGGAUACGGAAGGUCCUUGGCUCUUGCCUGAUAUCUUGGUCAAUGUACGGAAGUCCAAUGAUGAUACUGUCAUCGGAGUUGUCCAUGAGGUGCUAGCGGAUGGUUCCUGUAGUGUUGGUCUAGGAUCAAGCGGGAAUGGUGACACUAUAAUUGCGCACCCAACUGAAAUUGAUAUCGUUGUACCAAAGAAGUCUGAUAAAAUCAAGAUCAUGGGUGGUCCCCAACGUGGUGCAACUGGUAAGCUUAUUGGUGUUGAUGGCACUGAUGGGAUUGUAAAGGUGGAUGAUACCCUUGAUGUUAAAAUAUUAGACAUGGUACUUUUGGCCAAGUUAGCCCAUGCAUAGUUACUAGCAAUUCUAGUUAGUGAGCAAGUUGUGUGAGCAAUAGCAAUAGUUUGCACUUGUAUUAUAUUUCAUGAUGAGUUCAAGGUUACUUUGCUCUGUUAAGUAAGAAAGGAACUAUGUAAAUGCAUUUUUCAAGAAACAUGUUUAAAAAGGAUUUCUCAUAUCUCAGUGAAACGCAGGAGGCCAUCGUUUCGUUUCUU